AUGUCUGAUACUCUAAGAUUAUUUUAUCAGAAUGUAAGAGGUAUAAGAACAAAAACAGUUGAAGAUUAUCAAUCUGUGCUAAAUUCAAACUACGACAUAUUGGUAUUUACAGAAACGUGGCUAAAUAAUAAUAUAAUUAGUGAUGAGUUUAUGGAUGGUAGAUAUAAUGUGUUUCGCAGAGAUCGUGAAACUACUAAUUCUUCUCGUCAGGAUGGUGGAGGAGUUCUGAUAGCGGUUUCCAAGAGACAUAAAUUUUACAGAGUAAACUCCUGGGAAACGAGCAAUGAAGAUCUUUGGGUUAAUAUAAUUUUAGGUACAAAAACUGUCUCCAUAUGUGGUGUCUAUAUACCACCACCAUUAAACUAUGAGAGAAUAGAGGAUUUCAUGCAAAACGUAGAAAAGAUUAUGAAUAAGCAAACGCUAAUGUUGAUAGUUGGAGAUUUCAAUUUACCAUCAAUUAAAUGGAACACGGAGGAUGAAUGUAAGAAUAACUUGAUUCCUAAUGAUCUCAAUACAAUUAGUACACUAGUAAGCGAUUUCAUGUCAGUAUCCGGUUUAAAACAACAUAAUAGUAUUAGUAAUUCCUUUGGUAAAACAUUGGACUUAGUCUUUAGUAAUGUAAGUGAUAUUAGAGUUGAGGUCAGCGAUUUUUCAGUAUGUAAAGUUGACAAAUAUCAUCCACCGUUGUCUGUCGAAAUUUCUUAUGAUGAUAAGCUUCAGCUAUUAUUAACACCGGAGUCGACAACACGAUACAACUUUAUGAAAGCAGAUUACGGUGUCAUUGAGGAGAAACUUAAAAACAUAAUCUGGACCGAAUUGUUUAACACGUUCACUGCGUCAUCAUUU